UUAACCAGUGGAACGUGGAGAAGUAUAUAAAAGUGUGAUUUUUCACUACUGCGAAAAAUGACGCCCUUUUCAUUUGUGAAAAAUGGCACUAUCAUACCCAGAGGUUUAAGCCAUUGAUAAAACAAAAACUCCGAUAUCUUGGUGUAUUGAGUAUUUUGAAAAAUUGACAGACAAGUAAAAGAAGACAACCACAACAUGGUGUCUUCUUGACGACACUUUAAUGUCCUUGAGUUAUAACGGGACUUACCCAGGAGAUGGAACUGACCACUGGACAUCAUCUCCAGGCUCCUGUAUCUUUAGUACUUCGCAGAUUGGAAUGACGUCAGCUGAUUGAGGUGUCACCCUUUAUACCAAAACAGGAAGGGUCAUCACAUAAGGCGACACCUACCGCCUCACAUAUCUUCUACGGCAGGUAUGGGGAAGGACAGCUUCCAGCUACAGGCGAUUGACGGUGACUCCGCCAGCAGAGAUGGUAGUACGCACCGGUUGGUUGGAAGUCUGAAGAAGCGCCGCAACCGAUAUAUUUACAUUGGAUUGUUUGUGGCUACACUGUGUGGUCUAGCUAUUGGCUUAGGGCUUGGUCUCGGACUCAAAAAACAUAAUGACAAUGCCAGCAACACAAACGGGCCCCAAAGUGCUGCAAAUAGUCAAGAAUCACAGCAAAAUGGCGGAUUUAAAAGUGAUACAGUACCUGUUGCUAUGCCAUCCAAUGUACCACCUCACACAACUGCCUCUCCGUAUCCCGCAACUGACUCCCCCACAAAAACUGUUGCCAAGGAAACAACACCUACCUCGACCAAAACUAUGGCGGCCAUUAGUAUGCCAACCUCAACAACAUCAGUUCCUACCACCUCACCAGGCCUCACCACCCGCAACAUGGGGGCUAGUUCCUGGAUAGACCAGCCCUGUGAAGUGAACAAGAAAUCUUGUCCCUGGAAAAAUGGACGUACCCCUCCCCUACUGCUGGUGUCACUUGAUGGGUUUAGAGCAGAGUAUCUCCAUCGGAACAUGACACCUACCAUUGAAAGGCUGAGGGACUGUGGUGUACAUACUCCAUACAUGAGGGCCACAUACCCAACAUUGACCUUCCCAAACCACUACACCAUUGUCACAGGCCUAUACCCCGAGUCCCAUGGAAUUGUAGACAACAACAUGUAUGAUGCAGUCCUUAACCAGUCAUUCAGCCUGGGAGGAAAUGUCAAGUACAACCCACAAUGGUGGGGUGGAGAACCGAUCUGGACCACAGCUAAGAAACAGGGCAAGAAAUCAGCAUCUAUGUUCUGGGUGGGAUCUGAUGUCAACAUCUCGGGGAUACAGCCAGACCUUUGGAGGAUGUAUGAUGGGUCAGUGACCUUUGAGGAGAGAGUGAAUAGUGUCCUUGAUUGGUUGAGCUUGCCAGAGGCUCACCGGCCUGACUUCAUCACCCUGUACUUUAAUGAACCUGACCACAUUGGACAUGGUAGUGGGCCAGUCAGUUCACAGGUAGACUCCAUGCUGACAAGGGUGGACAAAGUGAUAGCAAAGUUGAUGGAUGGACUGUAUAGCCGUGACAUUCAUAACUGUGUAAACCUCAUCAUACUUGCUGAUCAUGGAAUGGAGGCUACAUCCUGUGAUAGGAAGGUAGAACUAAGUACCUAUGUAAAAACCAAUGAGGUCCUGGUGUUUGACGGCACCAUUGGUCGAGUUCAUAAAAACUUCCAUCAACAGAAGGUUGGCAAAGAGUAUGUUGUGGUCAGAAAUGAUCCAGCAAUGACUGAAGCUGCCUUGCUUAAGAAACUUGAGUGCAAGAGUGGCCAUUACCAUGCCUUCUCCCGACGAGACACCCCUGUACGCCACCACUACUUCAACAACCCCCGCAUAGGGGAUGUUAUCCUGGACGUCCAGGCCAAGUGGACAGUGUCCAGGAAGAGAAGUUCCUUCUGUUUACAAGGUAACCAUGGUUAUGACAACUUGUACAAAAGUAUGCAGGCUCUGUUUUUGGCUCAUGGACCAGGUUUUAAGGUUAACUACACCUCAAAACCGUUUGAAAAUAUAGAACUCUACAACAUGAUGUCAGACCUACUAGAUAUCAAACCAAGCUCUAACAAUGGUACUGCUGGGUCACUGGAUGAUAUCCUGAGGAUGCCUCCAACAAGACAACCACCUAAAGCUUCAUUGGUUAAAAAUUCCCUAUGUAACACUGUGAUUACUCCAGAGCCAAGCAAGCCUCUCUGUGACUGUGACAACCUGAAAUUGUCGACCAGUACCCCUGGCCCAGAAAAGAGCUUUACUCCCCAGUUUGGUGCUCCAGCAACCACUCUUAGCGAGUUACCAAUAUGUGAGCUGAAACAGGGGAAUUUCAGGACUGGAUAUAGCAAGCUGUUUCACACACCUCUAUGGUCAACCUUCUCCCUCACCAGUGAACAGAAUGUGAGUUUGACAGACAUUGCAUGUAUAUUGAAAGACAACAGAGUUCCAAAGUCGUCUUGUGACAAAUACCAUGAGAACAUCACACGGAGGUUUCUGUACAAUCCAGGAUUUGACUCAAUAGAGACUGAGAGUAGAUUACAUACCAACACUGUCCCUAUGUAUACAGGAUUCUAUACAGGUAUUUGGAAAUAUAUGUGGACAUUGAUCAAUGACUACAACAAACAUUCCCAGGAAAUCCAAGUGACCACAGGACCUGCAUUUGACCACAACUCUGAUGGACUUUUCGAGGGAAUCAUCAGCAACACAAGCUUUGCAGAUGAUGAGAAAACAGUUGCCAUGCCAACUCAUUACUAUGUCAUUCUUGUUCGAUGUUCUCAACCUUUGUCAGAUGUGUCUUCAUGUGGUGUUGAUCAGCUGGACACAAUGACUUUCAUCCUUCCUCACCUCGACAGAGAGCCAAACUGUCUGCCAGAUGAAGAGUACCUGGCCCAACAUGUCGCUAGGAUACGUGAUGUGGAGUUGUUGACAGGACUGCAGUUUUUUUCUGAGUUGGAUGUUGCCCAGACCGUCAGGCUGAGGACCAACCUGGCUACACAGUUGUGGGCAGUCCAGGAUUUAGAUCUACACUGGUCAGAGCUGUCUUGUAGUGACCAUAGCACUGGUCAGUGUACAGGGAAGGUACCCUUGCUGCUGAUUUCCCUGGAUGGAUUCCGGGCCGAUUAUAUUCAGAGGAACAUCACACCUGUUAUCCACAAGAUGCGCGAAUGUGGUGUACAUACUCCAUACAUGAGGGCUACUUUUCCUACUGUGACCUUCCCAAACCACUACACCAUUGUCACAGGGCUGUACCCAGAGUCACAUGGAAUUAUCUCCAACAAGAUGUAUGAUGAGCACAUUGGGAAGUACUUUACACUUGGCAGCUGGACCAAGAGUGACCCACGCUGGUGGGGAGGAGAGCCGAUAUGGAUAACAGCUAAGAAACAAAAUAAGAAGACAGCGACCUACUUUUGGCCGGGAUCAGAUGUCAACAUUUCUGGAGUUUAUCCUGACUAUUGGAAACCUUACAAAUCGUCAGCAGGCUAUCCCGAACGUGUAUCUGAAGUACUGGACUGGCUGACUCUGCCCGAGGAUCAGAAACCAGACAUGGUCACACUGUACUUUGAUCAGCCUGACCAUGCAGGUCAUCAACAGGGACCAGAAAGUGAUCUGGUGAACUAUCGACUGCGGACCAUGGACAUGAUGGUAGGGAGGCUGAUGGAUGGCCUUUAUCAGAGAGAUCUACAUGACUGUGUUAACAUCAUCAUCAUUGCUGAUCAUGGAUUUGACGACACAGCUUGUACUCAGAUUGUGGACUUGUCCAAAUACAUCAACACCAAACAGGUGCUUAUAUCCAGUGGAACAUUCGGACGUAUUGAGACCAAAUACAGCGGUCCAAGGAAAAAUAUUACGACAAAUAAAAAUCCUGUACCUGUAAGUACCUUGGUAGAUAAACUGAUGUGUAACAUGUCUGUGAUGAAAGUCUUCACUGAAGAUACAGCACCAAAGCGAUUCCACUACCUCAACAAUCCACGUGUAGGGGAGAUUCUCCUGGACAUGUCUGACCGAUGGCUUGUAUCCACGUAUAGCUCGUACUCUGGUUGUGCUGGAGGUAACCAUGGCUGGGAUAACAUCUUCAAGUCUAUGCAUGCUUUAUUUCUGGCACAUGGCCCAGCUUUCAAACAGAAUUUGAAAAUCAAUCCUUUUGAAAAUAUAGAGCUGUACAAUCUAAUGUCAGAGUUGUUGGAUAUAAAUCCUGCCCCUAACAAUGGGACCUUAGGGAGUCUGGACCAUGUGUUGGUGAGGAACAGGACAGGACGACAGGAGCCCCUGUCACAGGUUCCAGUGUGUAAAUCUGAUGUGGACCCAGCCCCAUCUCUGUGUGGACAAAGCCAGCCAGCUGCUGAUCCAAAUCUGCCCCAGAUAACUUUAAAGGAGAAGAGUGUAUGUCAACUGCAGUAUCCAAACCGAACUAUAUUGUACGACACCAUGCUGAAAUUGCCUCUGUACACAACAUUUGAACUCACAGAGCAGAUGGUGACUGGUACCAGUCAGAAGAACGACUGUAUUCUGACCACACUGGAGGAUCCUUGGUUAUACCAGCCACACUAUUCACACUUUUACACAGAGAUUUGGAGUUUCACUAGUAACCUGAUCAAACAAUAUGCAGUACAGUAUGGUAAACUUACCGUGACACUGGGCCCGGUGUACGACCAUGAUGGUGACGGACUGGCCGACACUAACAAGUCCAGCACAGUGACCCCCUCCCACGUGUUUGUGGUGAUGAUGAGAUGUGCCACACCCGGACAGGUCUAUCCCUGUGGUGGGAAUGAGACUCCUGUUCUUAUCCAGUCCCUGGUAUUACCCUACCUUAACUCCACUCCCAACUGUCUGUAUCCAUCAGAUUACCUGAAGGACAACAUAGCACGGGUUCGUGAUGUGGAGCUUCUCACCGGGCUACGUUUCUUUGUGGAGGAUACCUUUUCUGUAUCAGAGGCUGCCCGACUUAGGACACACCUGUCAGAGAAACUAUGGCCAUCAAAAAGCCUGAGGACUUGGCUAGAGUCUCCCAGCUGUCCAGUGGUGGAAGAUUCCUGUUCAUCUAGCUACCAGCCUCUGCUCCUGAUAUCACUGGACGGGUUCAGAGCAGACUACCUGCUGCGUAACUUCACACCCUACGUGGGCCGUCUGAGUCAGUGUGGGACUCGCUCACCUUACAUGAGGUCUGUGUACCCCACCAAGACAUUCCCCAACCACUACUCCAUUGUGACAGGUUUGUACCCAGAAUCUCAUGGGAUUGUGGACAACAACAUGUUUGACAGUGACAUAGGAGAUCUAUUCAAGAUAGGAAGGACUAGUGCAUUUGAUCCACGCUGGUGGCAAGGUGAACCAAUUUGGAGAACGGUAAUGAAUAACAACAAGACUGCUGCCACUUUCUUCUGGCCUGGGUCGGAUGUGGAAGUAAACGGAACAUUCCCAACUUAUCACAAAAAAUAUGACUCGAAAGUAGGUUACAAUACACGAGUGGAACAGGUGCUUGAUUGGUUGACCAAUGAGAAGCCAGAUUUUAUUUCUCUCUACUUUGAUGAACCAGAUAAAACUGGACACAAGUAUGGACCUGACAACAUUGUGAAGAUUGGUCUGGCCCUGGAAAGAGUAGAUGCAGCCAUUGGUCAACUGAUGGAAGGACUAUGGCACCGUGGCCUUCACAAUUGUGUGAACAUCCUCCUUAUUGCAGAUCAUGGAAUGUCCAGCAUUUCCUGUGAUCGGUUGGUGAAAAUGCAGGACUACUUAUCUAAUGCUGCCCUGUCCAAGAUGCACCUAUUUGAGGGCACAUUUGGGAGAAUCAACAAUCUAUACUAUCAGAAAUCCUCUAGAUCAAAGAUGAGCCCAGUCCUUGACCCAGUACCCAUGUUGGACAUCAUGGCAAACCUCACCUGUCACCCACACUUCAAAGUCUUCUCAAAGAGCUCACUUCCAAAACGCCAUCACUACGCCAACAACCCCCGAAUUGAUGACAUCAUCAUUGAUGUAGAGAAUGAAUGGCUUGUCACAGAGAGGUCACCCAAGACGUCAUCUCAGCGGGUCUCAUGUACUGGUGGAAAUCAUGGAUAUGAUAACACAUACAAGAGUAUGCAGGCUUUGUUUCUUGCCCAUGGUCCAGCAUUCAACCUGAACUUGACAGUGAAACCAUUUGAAAACAUUGAGUUGUAUAACCUGAUGACAGAUGUACUGGGUAUAAGACCAUCCCCUAACAAUGGAACAGAGGGCUCCCUAAACCAUGUUUUGAAAAAUCCACGCCACGUCAAUAGGACGACACCAAUGCAGAAAUACAUGGACUGGACAAUGAGUUCUGUAACAGAACAGUUUAUACAGGAAUCUCUGAGGUACAGGAGUCAGUGUCUGGACAGGUGUAACAUCAACCAAGUCAACCAGACCAAGUUUAACACUAGUACUGAGAAUCACCACAUCCUUUUUGGUCGCCCUUCGCUUCUCAUCUCCCACACCCUGACCAGCGUGUACAUAAAGAGUUACUCCAGUCAUAUGACAGCAUACAGCACAGCACUGCUAUCUCCACUCUGGGUCUCCUACACACAGACCACCACAAACUCACCCACGCCUGACUAUCCAACUUGUAUCUUGAGAGGCUGGGACAGACCACAGUGUGAGGCUACAACAUUCACACAAAACUCCAGACAGUACACAUGGACACCGCUGUACAGGAAAGCUGUGACCUACUCCUGGGAAAGCUUGAUCUCAUUAAACUUUGUACCAAUGCUGGAGAAUUUUAGACAGGGAAUAUGGAGAAGUGUCCAGAAGCUUACAGAUAGAUACGUACAGGACUACGGACAAGUCAAUGUAAUGACUGGUCCAAUCUUCGACUACAACACAGACGGACAGAAGGACGACCCUAUAUCUGUCAUCCGGAGGAACACAACGGUCAGCCUCCCAACUCAUUACUUCUACAUCAUCAGCAGAUGUCUUGUCCAGAACCUGACGACAUGUCCACCGGAUCAUCUGGUGACACUGUCAUUCAUCAUCCCACACACUGACAGCAUCAGUAACUGUCAGUCUGCUGAGGACUACCUGAGGGACAACAUAGCACGAGUAAGGGAUAUCGAGCUGCUGACAGAUCUGGAGUUCUACACCAAGUUAUCUCCCCCUGAUUCUGUUUCCAUACGGACCUAUCUGCCUCAGAGACUAUGGCACAAAUAUAGAUGAUUUGUGAUUUACAAGAUAUGGUUAUGACUAAUAAACAGAAUAUGAUUAAUAUAUAUUAUAAUGACAUUAAUUCCAAUAGUGCUAUGCUUUUAAUGGUGCAUACACUUUAAUUUUCAAUGGUGCUAUAAUUUUAAUCGUGCAUACACUUUAAUUUUCAAUGGAGCUUUAAUUUUAAUGGUACAUACACUUUAAUUUUCAAUAGUGCUUUAAUUUCAGCGGUACAAACAUUUCAAUUUUCAAUGGUUUUAUAAUUCAGUUUUUAAAUUUUUGUUGAACGGUUGACAAAUUAAGAGAUUAAAUCAUCAAGUUAUAUUGGAUGUUGUAGUUGUCUCAUGUUAUUUCCAUGUGUUAAUUUUGUUGAUAAUGUUCUUUUUAGUGUCUGAACAAGUCUAGUAAUGGAAAUUAUUUAUGUACAUACAGAUACUUUCUAUAUGAAAUCAGACGAGUCUAGACACACAUACAAUUACAGUGAAAUCUGUCUAAACUUCUUCAGUUGGAUUGAGAGUUUCGUUUGACAAUCAUCUUAACCAAAUCCAUCACUUAUGUAUACAAUUAAACUUUAUUAUUUCAAUCUGUAAUAAUUUGCAGGCUGUGUAAACUUCUAAGUAUUUUUCCCAUUCCCAACCAAACUCUUCUUUAUUUUGGUAAUAAAAACUUUGAACAUGGAAAACAAAACAAACCUUGGAUAUCCAAAAGUAAAAUAUUGGUACCAACAACAACAGCAUAAAUUCUUCAUAAAAAGUUUGCAUAUCUUGGAAGUUUUUAAAUUAACCUGUCAGCUGCAAAGCAUUUCAUUAUAAGACAAAAUAUUUUGAAACCCGCUAAUUUAAUGUUGCUCUGUGUUUAUCAGCAUGUGUCCAGUUGUUUUCCUAUUUAAUUAUCUCAUGGCAGUAAAAUGUGUUUGCCAUUUAGUUCAUUUCCAAGAUGUCACCCAUGCUAACAUGACAUAAUAAAGUGUAAAUUGGAAAUAUGGGUCAUGAUGCACACAAAACUUAGCUGUUGUUGUAACAAGCAUACCGAGUAUUAGUAUUGCUAAAGCAAUACAUUUCCUCUGCUGCCCCCGACAGCUAUUCAAUGUUAUUCUUUUUUUAAAGAAACUGGAAUUUUCUAAAAACAGUAACCUCGACCAAACUAUCCUGAAUCUCGCACAUUUUACUUUAUUUGUCAACCACAUAAUUGGUUCCAACAUGCAAGUUUUAUUGUAGUAGUACUGUGUUGUUUGUUUCAUGUGACCUGAAUAAAUUGAUUUUAUUUUUCA